AUGGAGUCGUCACGCGGUCCACCACGGGUGAAGAAUAAGGCCCCUGCGCCUGUGCAGAUCUCGGCCGAGCAGUUGUUGCGCGAGGCCGUCGACCGCCAGGAAGUCAACCUCCAGACUCCCACACAGCGCUUUGCCGACCUCGAGGAGCUCAAGGAAUACCAGGGUCGCAAGCGCAAGGAGUUUGAGGACUAUGUGCGGCGUAACCGAGUUCGUCUUUCGAAUUGGCUCCAAUAUGCCCAAUGGGAGCUGGAACAGAAGGAGUUUGCGAGAGCCCGGUCUGUGUUCGAGCGCGCUCUGGAUGUACAUCCCAAUAACACUCAACUCUGGAUCAGAUACGUCCAAGCAGAGAUCAAGAACCGCAACAUCAACCAUGCACGCAAUCUUCUGGACCGCGCCGUCACGCGGCUGCCCAGAGUCACAUCUCUCUGGUACCAGUACCUCUACGUCAUGGAGAUGCUAGGCGACAUUCCGGGCACCAGACAAGUCUUUGACCGGUGGAUGAAGUGGCAGCCAGAUGAGCAGGCGUGGAGUGCUUAUAUCCGUCUAGAGAAACGUUACGGCGAGUUCGACAGGGCAAGGGAGAUCUUCAGGGCCUUUACCGCCGUCCAUCCAGAACCGAGGACGUGGCUCAAAUGGGCCAAGUUUGAAGAGGAAUACGGGACCAGCGACACGGUCCGCGAGGUCUUCCAGACUGCCAUUCAGACGAUUGCCGAAACACUGGGCGACGAUGCCGUUGACGAAAGGAUAUUUAUCGCCUUUGCCCGGUACGAGGCCCGUCUCCGGGAGUACGAGCGGGCCCGUGCCAUCUACAAGUUUGGCCUCGACAACCUGCCUCGGUCCAAGUCGAUGACGCUACAUGCCCACUACACCACAUUCGAAAAGCAGUUUGGUGACAAGGAGGGCGUGGAGGAUGUUAUUCUAACAAAGAGGAGGAGAUUGUACGAGGAGCAAGUGAAGGAGAACCCAAAGAACUACGACGUCUGGUUUGACUUUGCGAGACUGGAGGAGAGUGGAGGAGAUGUCGACCGGACCAGGGAAGUCUACGAGCGAGCCAUUGCUCAGGUACCACCAACCCAAGAGAAGCGACACUGGAGGCGGUACAUCUUCCUCUUCCUCUUCUACGCGAUAUGGGAGGAGAGGGAAACAAAGGACGUUGAGCGAGCCCGUCAGAUCUACGACACAUGUCUGAACCUUAUCCCCCACAAGAAGUUCACCUUUGCCAAAGUGUGGGUUGCCAAGGCGCAUUUCGAGAUUCGACAGGGCCAGCUAACGACAGCCCGCAAAACUCUCGGUCGCGCCAUCGGCAUGUGCCCCAAGGACAAGAUCUUCAAGGAGUACAUCCUCCUCGAACAGAAGCUCUACGAGUUCGAGCGCUGCCGCACCCUCUACGAGAAGCACGUCAUGUACAACCCGGCUAACUGCCAAACAUGGAUCAAGUGGGCCGAGCUGGAGCGCGGUCUCAACGACCUCGAGCGCACCCGCGCCAUCUUCGAGCUCGCCGUCUCGCAGCCGAUCCUGGACAUGCCCGAGGUGGUGUGGAAGGCGUACAUCGAUUUCGAGGAAGAAGAGGGCGAGUACGAGCGGACGCGUGCCCUGUACGAGCGCCUGCUCGAGAAGGCCGACCACCCCAAGGUCUGGAUCAGCUACGCCCAGUUCGAGAUCAAUAUCCCCGACGAGGCCGAGGAGGAGGAAGAGACCGAAGAGGAGGCGGAAGAGAAGCCGGUCAGCGAGGAGGCCAAGGCGCGCGCUCGCAAGAUCUUCGAGAGAGCGCACAAGAGCAUGAAGGAGCGCGAGCUCAAGGCCGAGCGGGUGUCGCUGCUCAACGCGUGGUUGGCGUUUGAGAAGACGCACGGGUCGGCGGAGGAUAUCGAGAAGAUACAGAAACAGAUGCCGAGGAAGACUAAGAAGAAGCGCAAGCUGGAGGACGAUACUUGGGAGGAAUAUGUUGACUAUAUCUUCCCGGCUGAUGAUCAGCAGACCAAGAACUUGUCGAGUCUGUUGGCUAUGGCCAAUGCCUGGAAACAGCAAGCUGCAGGUGCUGCUGGUGGUGAAGGAGCUCAGUGA